GACUGUGUAAUGUGUGAAUGCCACGCUUUUGACAGAGGUUGUUGUAGCGUAUCGUUGUUCUGUUUCGUGAAUGCCCCAAAGCUCUAUGCUUCCGCAACGGCAUAUCAGGCGGUGUGGCUCUGAAAUAAGAAAAGAUGAUGUAGUUCUGCUUUUGGCUGUAGCCUUUCCCUUAUUUUGCUGACCUUCACACGCAAACGGAGUGGCCAUUUUCUGGCAGCAAGCAAAAGCCCCGGAGAACUCCCUCCUCCUCCUCCCCUGUCGUCACUCGCUGUGUCACCUGCGCUGUCUCACUGAGAGACGUAGCCUACUUUGGUAUGUUUCGGACUUUCCGCCGCUCAAGACAAGAGUGGCAUAUCUGUGGGAUUUAUUUGUUCAGCGCAGACCGACUUCAGCUCCUCAUUUCUUGAAGUUCACCAGAGAUAUCCACCAACGCUGAAAGCUACUUUAUAAGGAUGGAUUCGGCUGCUUCCCUGUUACUGGUCUUCGUGAGCACCGGGACGCUUCUCCAAGUGUGGGGUACAGAAAGUGUGACUGCUUUGUAUGGAGAGAGCAUUGUUAUACCAUGCAAUGAUGGAGCUCCUGCACCAGAAGAUCUGAUGUUCAUCAAGUGGAAAUAUGAAAGGGACGAUGGAACUGCUGGCGAUCUGUUGAUCAAACAGGCUCGCAGCGACCAGCCCACAGUUCAGGCUACAGACAGUUACGCCCAGCGUAUCAGCAUCAAUGACAAGUUCAGCCUGCUCAUCACCCAGGCCUCGCUUACAGACCAGAAGACCUUCACCUGCAUGGUGGUGUCAGAGAGCAACCUCAUGGAGUAUCCUGUAACCGUUGUUGUUUACAAGAAACCAUCGUCAAUUCAGAUUAUGGACAAGAGUGAAGCGUUGCAAAGGGACAAACCAACAACGGUGGGAACAUGUGUGGCGACAGAUGCAAACCCCGCAGUUACGAUCACAUGGAAGAAGAAUGGAAAGCCCCUGGUAGCUGAUGGGAAAGCCAUUGUGAUCACGCCCAGCAUGAAGCUGGAUCCAGCCACAGGCCUCUCCACCACCUCCUCAAUCCUCCAGUAUGCAGCUACCAAGGAAGACGUUGGUCCGAUCUUUGCCUGCAUGUCCACACAUGAGCUGAUUAAUCAGGAGAUUGAACUGGAGCCUUUACCCAUUUACUAUCCAUCGGAGAAUGUCAACCUUGAAAUUCUGUCGAAGAGACCCAUUGUAGAGGGAGGUAACGUGACGUUCAAGUGUCACGCUGAUGGCAACCCUCCACCCAGCUCCUUCUUCUUCCACAUCAAGGGCCAGAAAAUGCUGGUGGAAAAUAACACGUACACUUUGACUAACAUUACCAGAGAGGCUGCGGGUGAAUACAAAUGCUCCCUGUCUGACAACGAGGACCUACAAGCUUCCCAAACCAUCGAUGUUGGCUACCUAGACCUGAGUCUGAGUCUCACUGGGAAGGUUGUGAAGACAGUAGGGGACACCUUCUCUGUGAAGAUGGAGAAGAACGCCUCGAGUGAUGCUAAAGUGACAUGGGCAAAGAAUGGAAUAGCAGUGAAGAAGCCAGAGUUUAGCCAAUUGACCUACGCUGAUGCAGGACUCUAUUUAUGUGAGGUCUCCAUGAGCGGUCUCACACGACGUCAGAGCUUUAAACUGGUCAUUGAAGGGAAGCCGGUGAUCACCGGCCUGACCAAACACCGCCCUGAUGACGCUAAGCACAAAGUUCUUACUUGCGAGGCUGAGGGAGUGCCAGAGCCCAGCUUCCAGUGGAGUGUGAACAGCACAAACGAGGAGAGGUCUUACAUAAACGGUAAGGCCACCCACAAAAUCACAGUGAUCCCAAAUGUGAACCUGACUGUCAGCUGCAGGGUCAGCAACAAGCUGGGAGAGGACAUCAAGACCAUCGAUGUUUCCUCUGUUUUUAAGGAGGAACAUGAAGAAAGAGGGUCCCAGGAGGAUUCGGAGGACCAGGCAAAGCUCAUUGUGGGCGUCGUGGUAGGCCUCCUCAUAGCUGCUGCGGCAGUGGGACUCAUCUACUGGCUGUACAUAAAGAAUUCAAGACAAGGAAGCUGGAAAACCGGCGAGAAAGAGAUGGGAACAACUGAGGAGAGCAAGAAACUAGAGGAGAAUAAUCACCCUGUGUAAAAAGUGCUCAGGCUGGAUGAAAGAGGAAGCAGUCCAAAGCAGUCCAGCAGCAUCCAAAAUACUGACUCCAGUUGGCUGCCAACACGCUCCAUCAAGCUCCACAUACGCAGCAAGUGAUUCUCCACCAAGUCCUGCCCACAGCCUGCUGUCCCACCUCACUGUCUGUGGUCUGCAUUGAGGCUGCAUUGUGUUACAGUGUCAUUUUGUUUUUUGUGUUCCCGGCGAAUGCUCCGUCUUAUGUUUUGUUUGAGCAAUUCCAUGAGGCUGCGUUGUUGUUUUUUGCCACUUAGUUUUUCCUUUAGGGUUCUUGAAUUUCUUGAAGUAAAUUUCUAGUACACUUCUUAAGGCCUGUAUAACAAAUCAGACUCAUGUGUAUGCCCUGGCUGCGCAUGCCAAUGUUUUUUUUUACUUUUCAUUUUACUUUACUUUUUUGUGCACUUUGUGUGGAAGUGCCUUUGUUUGGCUGUGCUGAGAAAGAGACACACUUCACUGCUGUAUAACCGACUGAAACUGUCCUCAAACUUUUCAGAGAAUAACCUCAACAUCUCUUGACCUCCUGACUCAUGUUCACUGGUUUUGAAACACUGGAAAAUGGAUUGUUUAAAUAUUUAGUCAAUGGAUUCCCACGACAGUAAAGAGUUAAUAGUAUACUGAAUAAGGAACUGGAUGUACUAUGAAUGAUACCUAUACAUGCAAUUUAUUGUAUCUGUGAUCCAAACUAAUUUCCUUUGUGCACAUGUAACAUGGAUAUCAGCAGAUUGUCACACAUCUAGCCACUAAUGACAUGUUUUUGUAACUGACAGACUCACUAGUAAUUCUUAGUAAUUGUUCUGUCUUCAGCUCUUUACACUGUUUGAGUCUCAAGAGGGACUUAAUUCCUUUAUAAUACAAAUAAUUUUAUCUGAUGAGGCAAAAUGUAAUGAAAAGUCAUCAGAAAAGUACAACACUUAAGAGAUACAGUAUGAUAUUCUGCCAAAGCUUUUCUUUUGAAAGUUUAUUUUAAAUGAGUUUGUUUACUUUUGAUUUAGUUUGAUACACUACAUUGUUGUCUUCAUGUCUUCUCCUGCCUGCGCUAUAGUUCCUCUACCAUGUCAUGGUCCUGGAGCAGAUUUUCUAUUUUCUUUUUAAUGUUUUCAUUUUGGAAGAGAUUUACUGAUGCCAAAUGUUCUUUUUUUGUGUUUUUUGAUGUAUUUAUAGCGUACCUGAAUGGCUGCACUGCAGCAUACAAGGUCAUGCUUUCUUGUAAGCCUGUGUUGAAGACACCAAGUGUUGAAAAGAUACUGUAUGGUAGGAGAGUGAAUAAGACUAGACAGUAUCUGCGCUUGUUUUCUGCUGUAAUGUUCUCAUUAGUAUGAUUAUGUGAUUUUAGCUCAGUGGUGUGAAGGAUAACCCAAACUGAAGACUGGCAGAUUAGAUGAGAUGCAUAAAGAUGAUGGCUCUCUGGGUUUACAUCAUUCUGCUCUGGUUCAUCCCACAAUGCAACACCCCAGUGACCUACCAAAGAGAAACUGUUGACAAAAUAGUUUGAGAGGAAUCAAGAAUUGUGUUCACAUUUAUAGUGCAGUGAACAGUUUACAACUGUUCAGUUCACAAUAUUUAAGCUUGUUGAAAACAUAGUUUCAUAUUCAUGACUUGCUUAACUACAUGCCAUGCCUGCCUUUAGUUCCUUUUCAAAUAAUCAGGUCUGCAGUGAAACCAAAGAGGGUAAGAUGAAAAGGCCAUACAGUUGCAAUCAAAAUUAUUCAACCCCCAUUGCAUUUUAGGUUUAUCGGCAAAAUUUAAAAUUGUUCAGGUGUUUGCAAUAAACAAAUUACACAAGAACAGUUUAAAUAGUUAAAUAAAACUAAUAUUACAAGGAUUUUAUCCAAAUUCAACACUAAAUCCUACUUUCAAUGACUACUGCAGUCUCAAAAAUAGAAAUGACUAGAAUUCCUCAUAAGAGCACACAUUUGCAAAUCAGGUGUGGUCUCAAGCACACCUCUCCUGAGUUUUCAGUUUCCACAGUAAGGCGCAUACUAAACGCUGAAGGGCUCCAUGCCCAAACCAACCAACCAACGUACACCACUACUGACCCAAAAGCACAAGAAAAGUCAGCUCCAAUUUGCUCAAAACUAUAUAAAUAGGCCAAAGAGGUUUUGGGAUUCUGUUCUGUGGAGCGAUGAAACAAAACUGGAACUUUCUGGGCCUAUGGAUCAGCGGUAUGUCUGGAGGAGGAAGAAUGAAGCAUACGCUGAAAAGAACACCCUGCCUACAGUGAAGUAUGGCGGUGGCUCAGUGAUGCUCUGGGGCUGCUCCGUUUCCUCUGGUGCUGGAAACCUGCAGCGUGUGGAGGGCAAGAUUGAUUCAAUCAAGUAUCAGGAAAUCCUGGGAGAAAAUGUCAUGCUGUCUGUGAGGAAGCUGAAGCCUCGGCAUCAUUGGACCUUCCACCAGGACAAUGAUCCCAAGCAUACCUCAAAGUCCACCAUGGCUUGGUUUCAGAAGAAAUCCUGGAAGAUACUAGAGAGGCCAUCACAGUCACCUGACUUGAACCCCAUUGAAAAUCUCUGGUGGGAUGAUUUUGGGAAAAAGGCAGUUGCAGCACGCAAACCCAAGAAUAUUAGUGAACUGAAGGCCUUUGCCCAUGAGAAAUGUUGUAUGCAUCACGUUUGCAGCAGGUCAUAACAGCAUAAGUGGGCUCUACUAAGAACUAAAGAUGCUUGUCAUGAAGGGGUUGAAUAAUUUUGAGACUGCAGUAGUUAAAAGUGGCAUUUUGUGUUGAAUUUGGAGAAACCACUUGUAAUAUUAGUUGUGUUGAGCUAUUUAAAUUGUUCUUGUUUGAUUUGUUUAUUGCAAACAGCUGCUUGUUUGUACAUUUUGCCAAACAUUAUUUGCAAUGGGGGUUGAAUAAUUUUGAUUGCAACUGUAGCUGUGUUGUAAAUACACACUUUUGUUUUUUAUACUGUUCUUGACAAUAAAGUGUAUACAUUUUGGGAAACAAUAUGUCCGAGGGUUUUUUGGCAAUAAAUAAUCCACUUUUCACUCCA